GUGAAGAACUGUCCGCAAAGCAACCAAUCUACUCACAAGGAUAUUGCGUGCUAGGUUGCACGCUGAUCGUAAUCGUCCAUUUGGCUCCAACUGACAAGCUUCGCCAUGCGGUCUUCACGUUGCUUGGACCUUGUGCUGACAGAUGCGCCCAGCACACCACUAGGCAAGAAUAUAUGAGAGAGCAGGACGCGCCUUCGCGCUCUAGGACACAAUCGAACCCGCCAACAUGAGUCUUCCAGAGCUGCCACACGACAAAUUGGCGGCCGACGCCCAAAAAGGGCCCUACAACCACGAUCACUCUCCGUCAUCCCAAGACCGCACGCAUUCCCACGAUGUCCAUGUCAACGAAGACCGCCUGGCUCGCUCGCUCUCAGCGCGACAAGUCCAAAUGAUCGCCAUCGGCGGCACAAUCGGCACGGGUCUCUUCCUCGGCACAGGGAAAGCGCUGGCAACCGGCGGCCCAGCCUCGUUACUCAUCUGCUACAGCAUCGUCGGGGCGAUUGUGUACAGCACGAUGCUCGCGCUCGGCGAGAUGGCGGCCUUUGUUCCCGUUGCAGGAAGCUUUUGCACGUUUGCGGGACGCUACGUGGACGAUGCAUUUGGCUUUGCGCUGACGUGGAAUUACUGGUUUAAUGAUGCGGUGAGCACGGCGGCGGAUCUGGUCGCGCUACAAUUGCUGAUGCAGUACUGGACGGACGUUUUUCCGUGGUAUGCGCUGGGGAUCAUUGUUUGGGUGCUCAUUGUUCUGGCGAAUGUGAUCAAUGUACGAGCAUACGGUGAGCUGGAGUAUUGGCUUAGUCUGCUGAAGGUGGUUACCAUCAUCAUCUUCAUCAUCCUCAGUAUCGCCGUCAAUGCUGGUGGAAACCAAGGGUACGGUUACAUAGGAGGGAAAUACUGGCUGCAGGGUGAUGCUCCAUUCGUAGGAGGCAUUGGGGGCUUCGCAUCUGUCUUCGUGACAGCUUCGUUCGCAUACGGAGGCACAGAAUCCAUCGCCAUCACAGCCGGCGAAACGAGGGACCCAGCAAGGACACUCCCGAAAGUAGUCAGGAACGUCUUCUGGCGGAUCCUCCUGUUCUACAUCCUGUCAGCGCUCAUGAUCGGUCUGAACAUUCCCUACAACUACCCCGGUCUAAGCACAAAGUCGAGUCGCACAUCGCCGUUUACUAUUGCCUUCCAGAUGGCUGGCUCAAAAGCAGCUGGCUCCUUCGUCAACGCAGUCAUUCUCACCAGUGUGAUCUCCGCCGGAAACCACGCCCUCUACGCCGGCUCGCGACUUCUCUUCACCCUCGGCGCGAACGGCCACGCACCGAAAGUCUUCACACGUCUGACGCGGUACCAGAUUCCGUGGGUAGCUGUUCUAACCACCUCGCUCGUCUCCAUCGUGCUGUUCAGCCUCUCCUUCGCAGGAUCUGGACAAGUGUGGACCUGGCUGCAGAACAUCGUCGGCGUGUCAAAUCAGCUGAGCUGGGUGUGCAUUGGGAUUGCCUCGUUACGUUUCCGCGCCGGCUUGAAAGCGCAGGGCAAAGAGCAUCUGCUGCCGUUCAAGAACUGGACGUAUCCAGUUGGACCGUGGAUUUGCAUUGUCCUGAAUAGCUUCAUCAUCUUGGUGCAAGGGUGGACGGCAUUCAGCCCGAGUUUCGGGGCGGUGGAUUUUGUGAGCUUUUAUCUCGAGCUGCCGGUUUUCGUUGCGAUGAUUGUGCUGUGGAAGUUGCUCAAGAAGACCAAGUUCAGGAAGGCGGCUGAGAUGGAUCUCGAGACGGAUGUGUAUACCAAGGACGAUAUGGAGCCAGUACAGAGCGGGUGGAAGGGCACGGGGAAGCGCAUCGGCACGUGGUUCUGCUUCUAGAGCAAGAGACACCGCUAUAGCCAAAUCGCUACUAGUAUUGUUUCGAGAGUGUUGAGUCAACUGUCGGCAAAUGCAUCUCCGUGGCGCGUA